CUUGUCACACGCGCAGCUUACAAGAUGGCUGCCUACUACAACUGAUAGGAAUAGAUAAAAAAGAUAACAAACUAUUAAAUAUUUAGGUAUUUAUGAUAGAUAUAAAGUCGUGUGUGUGUGUGGCGCAGACUGAUAGUCAUACCAUCGCUAUCAGUAAUAGAUGUCUGCUAAGAAACGCUCGCUAGCAAGAUGAAAGGGAAGGGUAAAGGAAAAGCAAUGCAGGACCCGACCGACUGUUGUCCACUCCGUUUUCCGGAUCUGACGCCGAUUGAACACACCGCCACCUGCCCUCGCUACACAGCCACCCUAGCGCGCACGGAGGGGGAGACGAUCAUCGAGGACGAGCUCGCGCUCCUGCAGGUGGAGCUGGAGACACUCCUCGUGUCCGUGACGAGACGGUCGCAGCUGCUGAACGCCGAGUCUCAGGCCCUCGCUGACUGGCUAGAGAGCCGCGGCGGGAAGGCCGGCGAGGCGAGGGUCCUCGCCAACAAACAAUCCAAGGGCAAAGUGAUCCCGCCGGCAUCGACACCCAAGCGUGGACGGCCACAGCAGGACGCCAGCAAGUCUGCGAGCAAGAAGCAGAAGACCCAGGUGCCGCCCGCCACGACAACCGCUGCCGCCGCCAAGGCCAGCGUCUCGCAGAGUCCGGCGCCAGUGAAGAAGACCGCCGUAACCGUGUUGCAUUGCUUGUUCAUGUUCAAGCCGGAGAUGAACGGUUGCGUGACGCGCAGCGGACUCGUGCGAUCGUUCGCGAUCAGCAACUCAGCGUCCCUCGAGCGGCGAAUCAAGCGCGAGCUGGAGGAACACGGUCUCUUCAACAGCGACGACGAGAAGUCGUCCGAAAACCCCGACGACGAGAUUCUGCAGGAGCUGCGUAAGCGGCAGUCGGAGCUGAAGGCGCUCACCGCUCACAACCUCACGCAGAAGAAGCGACUCUACAAGCUCGCCAAGGAUGAGAUGGGCAAGCAGGAGAUGCGCAAGAAGAUGCAGAUAGCCGACAUGGAGGUGAUGGAAGCCUACAGGAGGAUCAGCGUGACGCGGCAGAAGAAGAAGGUACCGACGAAGAAGGAGCGAGAUCUUGUGUGGAAGGCGCUGAAGGACAGAGAGUCGAUGUUACGCAUGCUAGGCAGUGCCUCCUAGGCAUGCUAGGCAAUGCCUCGUAGGUGUGCUAGGCAGUGCCUCCUAGGUGUGCUAGGCAAUGCCUCCUAGGUGUGCUAGGCAAUGCAUCCUAGGCAUGCUAGGCAAUGCCUCCUAGGUGUGCUAGCCAAUGCCUCCUAGGCAUGCUAGGCAAUGCCUCCUAUGUGUGCUAGACAAUGCCUCCUAGGCAUGCUAGGCAAUGCCUCCUAGGCGUGCUAGGCAAUGCCUCCUAGGUGUGCUAGGCAAUGCUUCCUAGGUGUGCUAGGCAAUGCAUCUUUGGCAUGCUAGGCAAUGCCUCCUAGGUGUGCUAGGCAAUGCAUCCUAGGCAUGCUAGGCAAUGCCUCCUAGGUGUGCUAGGCAAUGCCUCCUAGGUGUGCUAGGCAAUGCCUCCUAGGUGUGCUAGGCAAUGCCUCCUAGGCAUGCUAGGCAAUGCCUCCUAGGCAUGCUAGGCAAUGCUCCUAGGCAUGCUAGGCAAUGCCUCCUAGGCAUGCUAGGCAAUGCAUCCUAGGCAUGCUAGGCAAUGCCUCCUAGGCAUGCUAGGCAAUGCAUCCUAGGCAUGCUAGGCAGUGCUUCCUAGGCAGCAGGCCAGGUCUGCCAGUGGAGCUACCUUCUCCUGCCGCUACCACCACCACGGUCUUCCCAGAAUGAAGCGAACGCAGUCGUAUUUCGCGUGUAGGCUGUACGUUGCUUCUUGACCAGUGGUCAGUAUUAUCGUUGGGGUUUUCAGUAGGUUGUGUUUGUGCAACUCGGGGGGGGGGGACCUGUCCAAUAGCAUCCUCCAUUGUAGACUUGUGUGUGUUUGUAUGUGGAUGCUUCUGUUAAUUUUUGUGUGAAGUGUGUCUGUCGUCACGUGAGCAAUGGGGAGCUUCAAGUCUGCUCAUGAUAUCACAGGUCAUAUGUGCAAAGGUUUGUGCACCCCCCACCUCGUAAUUCUGUUGCCAUGGGGACCUCACCUCGUAGCCUGUAGAUUAUUGUAUCGUUUCUAACAUGUCAGUAACGUGUGCCGAGUACGUAGUAUUUAGGGGCCAUUUAUUAUUUAAUAUUCACAACGUGGGAACACUAUGUACAUAGUAUUGCGUGAAUAAAGUAUGAUUACGUGAUAACGAUGUAAAUA